AUGGGGGGCGAGGACGAUCGAGAUCUCCUGGGCUUCGAGCCGACUGCUUCACCACCGACAGAUGAUGAACUUGUCGGCCUGGCGCGCGGUGAGGAGGGUCCAUGGCCAUAUGAUCUCUACGUCAAUCCCUCGGUUGGUGUGAAGAGAACAGAAGACUUCGGUGGCGGCCGAGGACUCUACAAUGUAUCAAAUAACGUGAUUCCAGUGGGAGCGCUCAUCGCCUUCGAGAGACCUCUCCUUAUCGAAACGUCCUACGACAAGCUACUGAGUAGUCUUCAGAAAGCAGCUGCUGAUCCCUCAAAAAAGGAGAUUAUCCAGAAGCUCUUCUCGGGAUCUAUUGAGGAUAGUGCUGAACUCGAUCUUGAGGGCAUCCUGUCGCACAACUACAUGGCGGAAGAGCCUCUCCCCAUUAACGGCAGACGCGAUGUGACGGACGAUAAACUCUUUAGCCGAGUCGGCCUUUGGCCCUUCCUCUCGAUGGCCAACCAUUCCUACAUCCCGAAUGUUACUCGAUCGCAUAUCGGCAAAGCGGGGUUCCUGGCAUCGAGAGCGAUUAGAGACAUACCUCCUGGAGCACAGCUGCUAGACAAUUACUGCCCCACGUUGAUGCCGUGGGUUGAGCGGAAUAGAGUUACUCAUUCUCAACAUGGAUUCAACGAGCCUUUCGAUCCCAAGUUCGACAUGUCGCCCCCUGAGGAGCUAGCUGCUCUCAUGCAGGCGGUACGGGAGAUCAAGCAAGCGUUGAAGGCGGGCCCACCGACGGCUGAGCAGUAUGCCCUGGCUGGUGAGGAAGGCGAUUCCGACGGCUCCAUUGAACCGCCUACAAUGAAGGAGCACUCGGAGAUGUGCUUCCAGUCACUGAUCGGCACAUUAGAGCAGAUCGAUGGUUCUCUGAAGGAUCCCUCCUUAGCCGUUGCCUACUCUACUCUGGCAGAUGCAGCCAAUGGUUCCGAGGCUUACGAGUUGGCGGUUCAUGCCCUCUCGGAAGCGCUUGCUUUGUCGAUGUCGCGCGAACCUUACAGUUUCGUGUCCUGCACUCUGAGCACGCGAUUAGCAAUCGCAGCUCGUCGGGUGUUAGACGAUGACAAGUGUGCGAGGCUGGAACAGGUUCGGGACUGGCCUUUCGCCAUUGCUCAGCUCUCGUCCUUCAGAUGGCUCGAAAACACUUCUGCGUGGUGUUCGGUGGCGGAGACUCCCUAUUUGACCUCCGCAACAGCGCCUUACUAUCCCCAAGGAUUGGACGAUGAUUCUCACGUCUUCUUCGCACUAGUCCCAGUUUGUAUAGGCGGUAUUUGGUUCGUAGUCAAUUGGUUUAUGAUUUACCUCACCAACAAUGAGUUCAUUUAUGGUCGACAAGACACACUACUAAACAUGAACAAGACGGAACAUCGAUACUCUCUCCUCGAUAGUGAGGAUUAUUGUGAGCUUAAUCUGAUGGUCCCAUGGACGAUAAAGACCCCUACCAUGUGA